AUGAAAAUCAGAAUUGGGAAUGGUAGACGUGCCUCGCUUUGGUAUGAUAAUUGGCAUCCUCUUGGCCCUUUAGAAAAGAUUCUUGGAGAGAAGAUCAUUCGUGAAUCCAGAUUGAGUAGACUAGCUAAAGUGGCUGAUAUUGUGGAGGGUGACACUUGGAGAUGGCCAUCAGUUCGCUUCCCAGCUUUGUCUGAUUUGAUACAUGCAUUUAUCCUUUGGUUAGCAAUUCAAGGUGGCAUCUAUACACAGACAAAGCUUCUUAGCUUUGGUUUGGUACAGUCUAUGCGUUGUGUGCUAUGUGGAUGUUCAAUGGAGGAUCUGGAUCAUCUUUUCUUUGCUUGCCCAUUUUCUGAGCGUGUUUGGAAUGCUCUGCAUGCGAAGUGUAACUUGCCUCGGGUCCAACGGAGUUGGCUAGACACUCUUUCUUGGAUGGAACAAUUUCGAGGGAGGUCAAUGUCCUCCAUUGUUAUUCGGUUAAUGACCCAUGGAGAGGCUCCUGAAAAUGAGUCUACUGUUAUUCAAGAUAUUGUUUUUACUAUUUGUGCACGAGUGAAUUUGUGCAGGAGCUUGCCGACUUGGGAUUCAUAUUCUCAAUCUAUUAAGCCUCGAUACCUGCAGAUGGUUGUGAGACCACAAUUGAAGGGGGAUCUUCCACUUAAGGCACAGAGAAGAAAGCGACGUGGUAGUAAUUUUAGUUUAAGGUCGAGGAAUAUUCUUGAAAAGGCUUAA